CGAGGUGGCGAAGCGCUCCGGGCGCGAGAAGGAGCGGUGGCUCGUGAUCGACCGGAAGGUGUACAACAUCAGCGAGUUCACCCGCCGGCACCCCGGGGGCUCCCGCGUCCUCAGCCACUACGCGGGGCAGGAUGCUACGAAACCCCCCGAGCCGACCUCGAACCGUGCUGGGAGGUCACUCGGCCGAAGGCCAGCGGGGUCUGCAGCUGUUCGCCGCAGCACACAGCUGUUCGCACUCCCGGGCUGUGGUUCGCAUCCUUUCUGGCCUCACUAUGGGGGUCAGCGCGCCAUCCCGCCCCAGCCUUGCUCUUCCCUUUCUGGAUCACCUGCUCUCGGAGGAUCCCUUUGUGGCGUUCCACAUCGACAAGGGCCUUGUGAGGAAGUAUAUGAACUCUCUCCUGAUUGGAGAACUGUCUCCAGAGCAGCCCAGCUUUGAGCCCACUAAAAAUAAGGAGCUGAUGGAUGAAUUCCGAGAGCUGCGGGCCACAGUGGAGCGGAUGGGGCUCAUGAAGGCCAACCAUGUCUUCUUCCUGUUGUACCUACUUCACAUCCUGCUGCUGGACGUUGCUGCCUGGCUCACUCUUUGGUUCUUUGGGACAUCCUUUGUGCCCUUUCUCCUCUGUGCAGUGCUGCUCAGCACAGUUCAAGCCCAGGCUGGCUGGCUGCAGCAUGACUUUGGGCACCUGUCUGUCUUCAGCACCUCUACCUGGAACCACCUGCUACAUCAUUUCGUGAUUGGCCACCUGAAGGGGGCCCCUGCCAGUUGGUGGAACCACUUGCACUUCCAGCACCAUGCCAAGCCCAACUGUUUCCGCAAAGACCCAGACAUCAACAUGCACCCCUUCUUCUUUGCCUUGGGGAAGAUCCUCUCUGUGGAGCUUGGGAAACAGAAGAAAAAGUACAUGCCAUACAAUCACCAGCACAAAUACUUCUUCCUGAUUGGGCCCCCAGCCUUGCUGCCUCUCUACUUCCAGUGGUAUAUUUUCUAUUUUGUUAUCCAGCGGAAGAAGUGGGUGGACUUGGCCUGGAUGAUCACCUUCUAUGCUCGCAUCUUCCUCACUUACGUGCCAUUGUUGGGACUGAAAGGCGUCCUGGGCCUUUUCUUCAUGGUCAGGUUCCUGGAAAGCAACUGGUUUGUAUGGGUAACACAGAUGAACCAUAUCCCCAUGCACAUUGACUACGACCGGAAUAUGGACUGGGUCUCCACCCAGCUCCAGGCAACAUGCAACGUCCACAGGUCUGCCUUCAACGACUGGUUCAGUGGACAUCUCAACUUCCAGAUUGAGCACCAUCUUUUCCCCACAAUGCCUCGACACAAUUACCAUAAAGUGGCUCCCCUGGUGCAGUCCCUGUGUGCCAAGCAUGGCAUAGAGUACCAGUCCAAGCCCCUGCUCUCAGCCUUCGCCGACAUUGUCUACUCACUGAAGGAGUCUGGGCAGCUCUGGCUAGAUGCCUAUCUUCACCAGUAACAACAGCCCCCACCCCCAUCUGUAAGAGACGCCUAUCUUCACCUAUAACACCAGCCUGUCUGGAAGAGGCGUUUCUGGCACCAAAACAGAGGGGAGUUUGAGGGACAAUGCCACUGCAAUUCUAAUAUUCAGAGGUGGGGGGUGGGUUUGAGGAGGUAAAAGCUCAACUCAAACCCUUCCCCUUUAUCUUCUAGGCACAGAUCUAAGACCCAAGGGGCUGGGGGACACACAGCCCCCUAGAGGGGAAGGGAUGGAACUACUGGGGCAGAGAUGUGCGAGUUUAGUUUCCUUUUUCUAGUUUGGCAGAUGCAGAUGGUUGGUGAGGAAAGGAAGGGGAUCUACCUAGCCCAAAAAUCAGUAAGAGAUUUAGCAUUGAAAUUCCAGCCAGGAAAGGGGUGAGCCCAUCUCACUGGUCUGCUUCUUAGUGCCUUCUACACCCUCCACUAUCUGAGGAGAUAGAAUGGCUGAACCUUCUGAGUAAGAUUUCUAUUCUAUUUGAAGCCUGGCAUAGUACACGGUCUGGGAGGCUCAGCUCACUCUAGGGCUAGGUGGGACCUAGAUCUGCCUCUAGCUCCUGGAGAAGCAAUUUUCCCACUUCUAGUAGCAGUUAGAGUAAAGCCAGGAUUGCAGUGCUAGAGACCUCUGACUUUGAAGGAUCUUGGCACUACCGAUUUUGAACUUAUGUUCCAUCCAGGGCACCGAGAGAGCAUUUAGGUCCUAAGUCUUGCAAAAACAGCAAGAAGAGUGGCUGGCUUUGGGUCACCUCUUGUAAGCACCACCCAAGGAAUAAGACGUUCAUAGGAUGAGGAGUCCACUUCUUGAUCCAUAAGUGAACAGAUGGGGGAACUUCAUCUCUUCCCUGGAAAAAAAGGGGGUUCCCAGUGGUUUCCCUUUGUCAUCUUCCCUGUAAUUCCAAGUUUAACAAAGUAGUUAGUUGGCACAAGUGACCAUGUUGGGAGACCCUGAAUUACCAGUCAUGAGGAAAAGGAAUUUAAUUCCUUAAGAGUAUAGGGGGGUUGUUAAGAGAUUUUCUACAACCUAAAUGAUUUUAGGUAUUACUUCUGAGUAGGAACAGUGAAUUAAAUAUAAUCACUUCACAGUUCUAAACCAGAGAUAGGAAGAUAAAAACAAGUUUGUGAACUAUCAACUCUGUUCAAGCAUCUUCUCGGCUGGACACCAGGUAGGAAUUUAGAAUAAUCUCUUUAAAAAGCCUAUCAGUCUAAUACUGAAAUACAGUUUUUAAAAAAAUUUCCAGGUUUUUAAGCCCUCCCAUGCAGGUGAGGGAGCUAUUUCCCUGUUCAUCAGCAUCUACUGUAAGAAUAUUGAGCAUUUUGGAUACAGAGAGGAGAAAACUCAAACCUAGAAGGCAAAAAAGAGAGCCGUAGAAGAGUCCAUAUUUAGUUUUAGGAGAGAAUAAAGGUCAUCUGAAAACAAGUUGUGAUGGGGUCAGAGUUAUCACCCGUGGAACGGCUGUUGGGAUUACUUACAGAUUUGUCAGAACAAAGAUUAAAGGGAUGACAACAGGGGCAGGACCGGUUACGAAAGAGUUCAGAUCUCCAUUUGGGCAGAACAUGGUUUGAAACAAAUUAGGAGUGGAAUUGGAAAGUUCUAUUUUCAUUGGCUUCCUCACCCCAGAACAGGUACUGACCUGCCCCAACCCCUAUCCCCUGCUACCUAAGGUUUCGGGGUCACCAGCCUGUAAAGCCAGUAAGGCUCACUGAGCCAAGUCCAGGCCCUCAAAGUACUUUAACCACUGUGGCCUUCUCUCCUUCACCUAGACCAAAGUGGUCUCACAUGGCCACAGAGGGAUGCACCAAUGAUGUAAAAGGCUGAGACUGUUUUUAACAGUCAGGGCAGUGAUCUCAAAUCCAAGCCGUUAUGUGAGAAAACAGGCUUACGGAGGACAGGUCACAGACUGUGGCAAAGCUUACAUUUGAACUCAGUGUUUUAGAAUUCCAACCUACAUGUUUAUCUUUGUUACUUUCAUCUUCGCACCCCUUUACCAAAAGCAUUUUCUUUAAUUAUGCCCUACAUCUGUAUCCUUUCUGGGUGUGCCAGUUUUGUUACCACAUCCAGAUGAGGUAAAGCUGAAAAAUAAAGUUAAUUUUGAUCAAAUGAAGGCUA